AAAAAAUUCCCCGAUAAUCCCCUAUAUCAACCCCAAAGCAUAAAAAAUAAGAAUAAAAAAAAAAUUAUCUUAUUCUUUCCCUUAUCUUCCCACUCUUUUUUCUUUUUUCAUAAGCAUAAAUAAGAAAGAAAAAAAAAAAAACUUGUCUUUUUCUCCCUCUUUCUCUUCCUUACCUUUUUUUUUAAUUUUAAAUCACCAUGCCAACGAUUCCCAAAGAAUAUAAACUAAACACAGGCGCAAGCAUUCCUACAGUAGGCCUAGGUACCUGGCAAGCAAGAGCGGAAAAUGCAGUGUAUGAAGCAGUCAAGACAGCAUUAAAAGCAGGAUAUCGACAUAUUGAUACGGCGUUUUUGUAUGGCAAUGAAGCAGAAGUAGGUAGAGGGAUUCGGGAUGGACUCAAGGAAACAGGACUUACACGACAAGAUAUCUUUGUGACGACCAAGUUGGCACCUAUCCAUGCACGUCCAUCGCAUGUGGGCAAGGCGUUUGCUCAAUCGUUGGCUAGUCUUGAUAUUGGUUAUGUGGAUCUGUACUUAUUACAUUGGCCAGUAGCGUUGAAUCCUGCCACAGGGCAAAUGUUUCCCUUGCGACCUGAUGGCACUCGUGAUUUGGAUACUGAACUCGAUGGGCAAUUUGAAUUAACCUGGCAAGCCAUGGAACAACUCGUAGGUGAUUCUCUCAAGGCAAUCGGUGUAUGUAACUUUAGUAUUCCCAACCUGGAUCGCUUGUUGAAGGUGGCCAAGAUCAUCCCUGCUGUCAAUCAAAUCGAACUACAUCCUUAUUUACCUCAAUUCAAGCUUUUGGACUAUUGUGCUCGUCAUGCUAUUCAUGUCACCGCUUAUUCUCCCUUGGGCUCCUCAAACUCGCCUCUCUUGACCGACUCGACUUUACAACGUAUCGCUGAUCAUCAUCAUGUUUCUGUGCCUCAAGUCAUGAUUUCUUGGGGUGCCUUACGUGGUUCUGUCAUUCCAAAAAGUGUAACUCCCUCUAGAAUUGAAUCCAACUUUGUCUUGGUGGAUCUUACAGAUGAUGAUGUUAAGGCAAUCAAUGAGAUAUCCAACAAACAUACUCAACGAAUUAUCAGACCUCCUUGGGGUGUUCCUGUUUUUGAUGAAGACUUUUGAAUGGAUGGUUUAGAUUUAGUCAAUUUUUGAUGAUGAUUGUAUUUAUUUCUUUCUAUUUAAUAAACAUUUUGAUGGUUUGUUAAAACU